CAGAGACGCCGCCGGGCGAUGCCGCUCCGGGCCCGGGGCCGUCAGCGGGGCUCCUCCGCCGCCUGCGCCGCCCAGCCCCGGGGAGCCGCCCGAGGUGAGCGCGGUCCCGUCGGGGAGCUCCGGGCCGCAGUUCCGCGGCUCCGUGCCGAGCGCUCCCUUCCCCGGCACGCGGACACCGCGCCGCGGGUCCCCGGGCGAUGCUGCGAGCGGACAGCGAGAGACGGUCGCGGAGCCCCGCCGCCUCGCCCCGGCCGUCCCUGCGGCCCGCCUCGCGGCCCGGCUCGGAGCAGCUGCCCUCCUCGUCGCCUCUCUCCUGCUGCCGCCCGUCCGUCCGCACGGCCGAAGGCUCGGGACAUGCGGGAUUCGGGGCGUUCUCGUGCCCGGGCACCCCCAGAAUGGUUCCCCCACCACCCGUCAGCAAGCCUCACGUGUGCCUCUCAACUGUACUCAUCAUGAGCAGCCUCAUCCUCAUGGAUGCCUACCUGGUGGAGCAGAGCCAGGGCUCCAGGAAGCUGGGCAUCUGCGUCAUGGUGGCAGUGGGCGACGUGUGCUUCUUGCUGGUGCUCCGCUACGUGGCCAUCUGGGUUGGGGCAGAGGUAAAGACAGCCAAGCGAGGUUAUGCCAUGAUCCUCUGGUUCCUCUAUGUCUUCGUUCUGGAGAUCAAGGUUUACUUUGUCUACCAGAACUAUAAAGCUGAUCGGAAGAGCCUAGAUCUCAUGGCUCGCAAAGCGCUCACCUUGCUGCUCUCCAUCUGCAUCCCAGCCCUCUACGUGCUGCUGGUGGCCACAGAGCACAUGGAGUACGUCAGGACAUUCAAGAAGAAAGAAGAUCUUCGCAACCGCCUCUUCUGGGUCAUCGUGGACAUGCUGGAUGUGCUGGACAUUCAGGCCAACCUGUGGGAGCCCCAGAAGAAGGGGCUGCCACUCUGGGCCGAGGGCAUCAUGUUCUUCUACUGCUACAUCUUGCUCCUGGUCCUCCCUUGCGUCUCCCUGUGCGAGAUCAGCAUGCAGGGGAUCGGCAUUAUGCCGCACCGCAUGAUGCUGUACCCGAUGCUGAGCAUGCUCACCGUCAACAUCACCACCAUCUUCAUCCGAGGCAGCAACAUGCUCUUCUUCAGGGACUCCCGGGUCUCCAGCAUUUUCAUGGGCAAGAACAUGCUGGCCAUCGGGCUGAAGGUCUGCAUGUUUGUGCAGUACCAGCGGCACAGGCACCACGCGCCGCCAGGGCCAGGCCCUGCCCCGCAGCAUAGCUGCCAGCCCCAGCCCUCCCCAGGGCUGCAGAAGUCUCGGGACCAGCCUGCCUGCCCUGAGGAGCUGGCCCAGGACAAUACAUGACACGCCAGUGGCAACCGCAGCCUGGGCACCGCCACGCUUGGCCAUCCCCACAAGACACCAGGAGGGUCGCUGAGCCUCCUGCCUCUGGACAGCAGGGACCGACCCUGUCUCCUCCCUCCUCGGACAAGGCUGCUCCAUUCCCCAGGGGCAACACUGCGAUGGGGCAGCCAAACAGUGCAGGACCACAGCCCUCCAGCUCAAGCCAGGGGCUGAGCAGAGAUGUCACGUGCUCCACCUCAACGUCUUGCCCCAGCCAGGUGCCCCUCCUGGUGGGAGCGAAGAUCUGGCUCCCCCCCACCUCUUGUCCCUCUCAGACAGCCGCAGGCUCGGUGGGGGCUCGAAGAGCUGACCUUUUUCGUAUCUCCCUCUUUGCAAUAAAAGGCCUGAGCUCUCCUUGUGUCUGUGUUCCCUGAUGCCCAGCUGCAGAGCACUUCUUCGGGGGGGAAAGAUUGGGUGGCCACCCACACCCUAAGAGCAUCCCAUGUCACCACUGAUACCUAGUACUGUUGCUGCCUGUCCCUGCAGCAGCUGAUGCCAGCCAUGCCCACAGCUGCCCUCCUUGAAGGUCCACAUAGGUCCCCCACAGCCUGCCUGUGGAGCACUAGACCUAGCAGACAGCCUGACAGGACAGCAUUACAAACACAAGCCAAACAACCUAAUGCAGUCCCCUGAGGCCAUGGGAAAAAGAAGCUUCACUGACUGUAGACACAGAGGCAUCCCUCACCAGCCAGUGCUGUCACACUGCAGCCUGCCCCAAGGCUCACCCCAGUGCUGGCUGUGCUCAGGCCAUGCCCUACGGUAGGUUUCUCCUUGGAUGGGAGAAAGCCAGGAGCAGACAAGAAGAGACAGGUCAGCAGCCUUGCUCUUCACCUUCCAUGUGCUGGACAAUUAGUUUGUGCCCCAGCUCAGAAGUCUUCCAUUCUGGCACUGCACUAGGAUUGCUCCUUGCUGGGCAGGAUCUACCAGCAACAGAAGAUGGGGACACACAGACCUGUUAAUGCCACACAGACCCUUGGCAAGGCCUUGGCAGCAGUGACUCCCAUGUGAGCCCAGGACCAAGCCUUCUUACUAUAUUGUCCCCCUGCACCUUUACAAGAGGAGGCUUGUUCAGUUUUGGAUUAAAAACAGUGUAAAACAGCGAGCUGCAGCACAAAGGGGCCAUGAUAGCCUUGAGCUCUGGCACUGCCACACUGUUUCCAAGGAAAUUCUCUGAAGGCAUAAGGAUGCAGCAGGCUCUGUUUCCCAAGUCAAGUCAGGAGAGGAAGGUCAGGCUGGGCACAAAGCAGCAAGCCACAUGCAGGCUAAAGGCAGCUGAGGAUUUCCAUGUCCCUAACCAAGCUGGCAUUCUGUUUCUGCUACCUUUGCCCAGCCACACUAAAAUCUGUUACCAGCGCAGAGCUCUCAUCACCCACAGGAAUUGCAGCAGAGGCAGAUGCUUCAGUAACACCCUCAGCCAGGCAUGACAGAGUUGCUCAUCUUCCAUUUUCUCUUCUUCACAAAACCUUUUCCCAGGCCUCACACACCAGCUGCCACCUGCAGCAGUGGAGCAAUGUGCAGGCUUGGCAGGAGUGAUCUGCCUUGCUGACCAGAGUCUGGUUCAUAGCACCUGCAUCACAUCAACAUCACUUCUGCAUUAGC